AUGGCCAAGUCCACAAGCACAUUCAAAGCAAAAAUCCCUGCUGCCCUGCACACCGCACCUGAAAGCGUCGACGCCCGCGUGGCUCUGAGUCCUGGCCGCGGUCUGGGUGUGGGGAGGCGCACAUGA